AUGGCUUCCCGUCCAAACGACAAUUCUGAUUUUGAAGCUCGGGAAGUAGACGAGGAGAAUGGUUUUAACCCUUACGAGUUAAAUUGUGCGUGCGAAGAUUCCGACAACAAAAACGAUGUUGUUGAAAACACUUUAAAGUUUAUGUAUGGAAUUCCAUUGAAUAAAUUUUACAUUGCUAAAGAAUUUUUUUCUGAUGUCAUGCAUUCUAUUAUGGAGAAGCCAAUAGAGCUAGAGAAUGUUGACAAUCAUGCGAUAGAUAACAUCAACAUUUUAAGUAAAAUUUUGAAAAAAUUAAUUGAUCUGGUGAAUUCUUUGCUGAACAAAUUUGACCGAUUGUUUUGCAUUGAAAAGUCUUUUUCUAUUACCAUGAUGAACCUAUGUAUUGAUUCUUCUGAUGAUCUGAAAGAGGAGUUUGCUAAAAAUGCCGAAAUUCAUUAUGCUCUUAAUGCUAACGGCACUGAACUUAAAAAUUGUUUGAAAUCAUUCCUAGUAAGCAUCAACACACUUAGAAACAAUAUAAUAUCAGACACUUUGUCUUGCAUAAGAGAUUUGAAAAAUGCCAAAAUAGAUAUGGAAGCUCAUAAAAAACAUCUUCUCUUCUUGAAGUCUGUGAAUCCUAACCUCAAUAUAGUUUCUGUUAUAUUAGAUGUUGAAGCAAAGCUGCUUGAAUGUAAAUCAAAUUAUGAAAAGAAAAAAGCUGAUGCUGGUGUAAAAAUUAAAAUCUUAAAUAACAACAAGGUAUGCCAACUUUCUGUUGUAACGAUUUUCGUCCUUAGUACUUGA